AAACAUCAGGCAGUUCAGCGCUGCCCCUCUACCACAGCAUAUACUGACAGAAAACGACAUCAGCAGCCUCCAUUUCUUACUUCUCUCUAUCCUCUCAUUUCUUCACCCCCAACUCAAAGUUUAAAUGCUCUGAUGGAAACCCUAGCUCUCUCUCCCCGCCCUCUCACGCCGUCGCAUCUCCGCCGCGGAGCUCACUCCCUCUCCUUCCUCCACUCUCCUCCCUCUCGCCUCCGUACUCUCAAUUGCUCUGCAAUCUCCCCUCCCUCAUUAGUUGAUCAAUCGGUUAAGUUCAAGGAAGCUGCGAAUAAGGGGAAUUUGGUUCCGUUGUAUAGGUCCAUAUUUUCAGAUCAUCUGACACCAGUGUUAGCCUAUAGGUGCUUAGUGAAGGAAGAUGACAGGGAUGCUCCUAGCUUCUUGUUCGAGUCUGUCGAUCCCGGUCUGAAGGCUUCUAGUGUUGGCCGGUACAGUGUGAUUGGGGCACAACCAACAAUGGAAAUUGUUGCAAAAGAGAAUAUCGUGACAAUUAUGGACCACAGCAAAGGGCAAAGGACAGAGGAGAUUGUGGAAGACCCCAUGGUUGUUCCUAGGAGGAUUAUGGAGGGCUGGACACCCCAACGUGUUGAUGAACUUCCUGAAGCAUUUUGUGGUGGUUGGGUUGGUUAUUUUUCAUAUGACACUGUACGCUACGUAGAGAAGAAGAAGCUACCUUUUUUGAAAGCUCCAGAAGAUGACAGAAACCUUCCUGAUGUUCAUCUUGGACUUUAUGAUGAUGUGAUUGUCUUUGAUCAUGUAGAGAAGAAAGCCUUCGUAAUACACUGGGUUCAUCUGGGCCGGUUUGCUUCUGUUGAGGAGGCAUACAAUGAUGGAAUGGACCGUUUGGACACUCUAAUGUCUCGAGUACAUGAUAUAGUCCCGCCAAGGCUUCCAGCUGGCUCAAUCAAAUUAUCUACCAGUCUCUUUGGUCCUUCUUUAAAGAACUCAUCUAUGUCAAAUGACGCAUAUAAAGAAGCGGUCUUGCAAGCCAAAGAACAUAUCUUGGCUGGGGAUAUUUUCCAAAUUGUACUCAGUCAGCGUUUCGAAAGGCGAACUUUUGCUGAUCCAUUUGAAGUGUACAGAGCAUUAAGAAUAGUCAAUCCCAGUCCAUAUAUGACUUAUUUGCAGGCCAGAGGUUGUAUUCUUGUUGCUUCAAGUCCAGAAAUUCUUACCCGCGUCAAGAAGAGAAAAAUCACUAACCGUCCCCUUGCUGGAACUAUAAGAAGAGGAAAAACACCGAAAGAAGAUUAUAUGCUGGAGAAUCAGCUUCUGCAUGAUGAAAAGCAAUGCGCUGAGCACAUUAUGCUUGUUGAUCUGGGAAGGAAUGAUGUUGGAAAGGUAUCAAAAUCUGGUUCUGUAGCUGUUGAAAAGCUCAUGAACAUUGAGCGAUAUUCCCAUGUCAUGCACAUCAGCUCUACGGUCACUGGAGAGCUUCUUGACGGUUUGACUAGUUGGGAUGCUCUGCGUGCUGCACUGCCCGUUGGAACAGUUAGUGGAGCUCCAAAGGUAAAAGCCAUGGAAUUGAUUGAUCAACUGGAAGUCACGAGGCGUGGACCAUACAGUGGUGGUUUUGGGGGCAUAUCCUUUUCUGGUGAUAUGGAUAUUGCCUUGGCUUUGAGGACCAUUGUAUUUCCAACUGGUAUCCGUCAUGACACUAUGUAUUCAUACAAGGAUGCAAAUAAUAGACGAGACUGGGUUGCCCACCUUCAAGCUGGGGCAGGAAUAGUGGCUGACAGUGAUCCUGCUGACGAGCAGAGAGAGUGUGAGAACAAAGCUGCUGGCCUUGCUCGUGCCAUUGACCUGGCAGAGUCUUCAUUUGUUGAAAAGUGAUAAUACCUUCAUAGAUGAACUGAGAUGCGGAACUCAAGCUGAAGUAUUAAUUGCAUGCUUGAUGAAAUCACAACCUUUUGUAGUUACAGAAUUUAAAGCCAGUUUAGCUUCUGAUGUGCUAUUGCCUAAGGCCGGGUGCAUCAGGUUACAGAGGUUUUUGGCUGCGGUUUAGAAGGCGUUAAUAGGAAUAUUAAGUUGGGUUCUAGUUUUGACGUUUUGGUUGGUGGGGAUGGGGGUUGGGGUUCAAUUUUGUUUACAAAGUUGUUUUUGAUACAAGGGAGAACUAUUAGGAGAAAAAAUUGUGAUAUUGUCAGAGUUGAAAGUGCUCUUCAUUAUUGGUAAAGUAUACUCCAUGUUUUACUAGAAGGUGAAUACAGUUAGUUUGACAAUAACUUGGAUACUCGGUACAAUGUAGAAAAAUAUCAAAUGAUAUGUUGGCAUUGUUUUCAA